AUGUCCAAACCAUCCGUAGGCUUCGUCGGCCUAGGAGCCAUGGGCUUCGGCAUGGCCACCCACCUCGUGAAAGAAGGCUACCCAGUCCACGGCUACGACGUCUUCCCCGCCUCAGUAGAGCGGUUCAAGGCCGCCGGCGGAAUCCCAGCCUCCUCGCUGAUCGAGUCCGCCCAAGACAAGCAAUUCUACGUGUGUAUGGUUGCGUCAGCGCCGCAAGCGCAGAGCGUGCUUUUCGGUGAAGGCGGUAUUGUCAACGCCCUCUCCAAAAACGCAACCCUCCUCCUCUGCUCCACCGUCCCAGCUACAUACGCCCAGUCUGUGGCGUCGGAGCUGCAAUCCUGCGGCCGCGGCGACAUCCUGUUCAUUGAUGCGCCUGUUUCGGGGGGCGCGAAGCGCGCUGCUGAUGGUACCCUGUCUAUUAUGGCGGGGGCGUCGGAAGCUGCGCUUGAGAGCGGGCGGUUCCUGUUGCAGGCUAUGUCUGAUUCGAAGAAGCUUUACCUCGUUCCGGGUGGUAUUGGCGCCGGCAGCAAUAUGAAGAUGGUGCACCAGGUUCUGGCGGGGAUUCAUAUCCUUGGGGCUAGUGAAGCUCAGGGGUUUGCGGCGCAGUUAGGUCUUGAUGCGGUUCAGACGGCGGAUGCUAUUAAGGCUUCGAAUGCUUGGACUUGGAUGCAUGAGAAUCGCUUACAGCGUAUGCUGGAGGAGGAUUGGCAUCCGGGUGCUAGUGCUUUGACUAUUAUUCUUAAGGAUGUGGGCAUUAUUACUACUUCUGCUCGUCAGAGCCAGUUCCCUGUUCCUCUUAGCUCGGCUGCUGAACAGGUCUAUCUCUCGGCUUUAUUGCAGGGAUAUGCGGCUGUGGAUGACUCGUCUAUGGUGCGCCAGUACUUUGCGGAACCGAUUAUGAAGGUUUCCAGCACGAAGUCUGCUGAAGAGACUGCUGAGGCUCUACGGCUUGUGCUGGAUUUGAUGGAGGUUACUAAUCUUGUUGCGGCAGCUGAGGCUAUUGCAUUUGCUCGCUAUCUCAAUGUCGAUUUGAAGCAGUUCUUUACUCUGGUCAGUGAUGCUGCUGGAGCUAGUCGGCAGUUUGUGACAAAGGGCUUGGAGAUGAUAGAGGGGCGUAUUGGGCAGAGCGCAGGCUCUGAAACAAUCGAUGCUGCUAUCUCUCGUCUAGAGAAAGCUUCGCAGAAGGCUCGGGAUCUACACUGUCCGUUGAACUUGGGCAAUGCAGCUUUGAGUGUGCUGUACCUGUCUAAGAAGGCGGGUCUGGGUGCUGAAGGGAGUACUAGUGUGCUGAAGAUUUUUGGGAACUGA